AGCCUCGCUGGCGCCGCCCCGAGGGGAUAAGGUCGACUCCUCGGGCUCCUCUCGUCUCCCCUCUGCCACUUGCCUCCCUCUCCCUUCCACGCUCCCCUCCCACAUCCAUCUUCUCUCUCUCCCUCGCCGCCCUCUCCGCUCAACCGAACGCCGUGCUCGCCACUACCCGUCACCAUCACGGCGAACGACAACAUCUACGCCGGCGUUGCUGUCCAGAAGAGCUGUCGUCGUCUAUGUCGCUUGCGCCCUCGAGAUCGAGCCAGGAAGCCCCUGCUACACAGAUCGAGGUCGUCUUCCUCGGGUCGCCGCCGUCGCCUUCGACUCUGGCCACCACCCCUGCUGCUACUAACCCUCCCGCCGAGCCGCCGUGUGCUCCUAGACGCCCUUGACAGUUCAGUGCAAUUAUGAAAGGAAUGCCAUCGAGCCCUAUUUCAAUCGAUCCAUUCGUCUCGUCUCCCUCAUCGCAAACCCACGCACGAACAGAUACAGCGAGGGGGAGAGGAACCUAGGGUUCCGCCGCCGCCGCAAGAGCCGCCGCCGCGGCCUCCACUCGUCGUCGCCCGCCACCGCCUCCUCCACUCGCCGUCGCCUGCCGCCGCCUCCUCCACUCGCCGUCAGUAGCCGCCGCCUCCACUCGUCCUCGCCCACCGCAAGAGCCGCCGCCGCCUCCACUCGUCCUCGCCCACCGCAAGAGCCGUCGCCGCCUCCACUCGCCAUCGCCCGCCGCCGCCUCCUCCACUCGCCGUCGCCCGCCGCCGCCUGCUCCACUCGCCGUUGCCCACCACCGCCUCCUCCACUCGCUAUCAGUAGCCGCCACAUUCACUCGUCCUCGCCCACUGCAAGAGACGCCACCACCGCGGUAAGAACCGUCGCCGCCUCCACUCGCCGUCUUCGCCGGUCCCCUUCACCGGCCAACGCCUGGCCUUCUCAUCCACCGCCGGAGAACGACGCCCACUCCCUCGAGCAACGAUGUCGUCGUCAGUUGGGAUGGAGAAGGCGGCGAAUAAGUCAGCAAAGAAGGCAGCGAAGAAGGCAGACAAGACAGACAAGGCAAUUUGGGAUGCAUACCAUACUAGGGUAUUUUGCGAGUUGUGUGCGAGGGAAGUUGAAGCAGGCAAUAGGCCGGGGCAUUCUUGAGUCCUAGAGGAUAUAAGAAUUUAGGGGAGAGUUGGUUGCAGAUAACUAAGAAAAGUUAUGUGAGGAUGCAAUUCAAGAAUAGAUGGGAAAAUCUCAAAACUAUGUAUUGUCAAUGGAAACAACUGCAAAUUGACGCAUCUGGACUUGGAUGGAAUGCUAAGCUAGGAACCAUUGAUGCUGAUACUGAUUGGUGGAACACUCACCUAAUAAAAAACCCGGAGCAUGCAAAGUAUAGGAAUGGAGGACCACCCAACUUGGCUGAAAUGGACCUCAUGUUUGAUGACCGUCAUGUCACCGGUGCCGAGUCAGCUAUCCCCGGUGAGAUACCAUUGGACAAGGAGGAUGUUAGUGAUGACACUGAUAGUGCAGAGGAUGAUGAUGAAGUCAUCAAAGCAAAACCAAAGAAGCAGCAAAAGACCAAGUCCUGUAAAGAUGAUUUUUCUGCUCAAGAUGAGAAGAACCCAUUUGUUCGGAUGUACAAGAAGGCUAGUGAUGCGAUAUGUGUAACGGCUGAAAGUAUAAAAGAAGCAUCUAGCUCCAGCAUGGCUCGUCCUCCUCCUCCUCUGGUUGCUCCUCCCCCUACUCCGGUUGGCCCUAGUAUGAAUGAGGCAAUGGAGAUGGUUCGUGAAUGUGGAGUUGAGGAAGGAACUCCUCUCUUUUUCUCUUCGAGCAUGCUAUUUAUGAAGGCUGAGUAUAGAGAAAUGUUUGCAUCGGUUCAGACCAAGGAAGGAAGACUGAUGGAAUUGACGGCGGAGGUGGUGACGAUGAUGAUGCUAACAUAAAGACAGUGCAACUUCAAAACUUGCUCAAGUUAAGUAUUGAUCUUGCAACCUUGGGCCAAAUGGCUAUGCACUACAGCAAAACUUGUUUGAAUAAGCAACGUAGGCAGCCUAGGAGGAUUGCAGUACAAACUGGUCAUGAAUGGUUAUGGAAAAGUUGGCACGUCCUAAAUCUUGCUACAAAAUGUUUAGAAUGUAUCCAGAUGUUUUCUUGAGUUUGCAUGGUCUUUUAGUGAGUGACUACCAUUUGGAGUCAACUAGCGAGAUGAACUCAUUGGAAAGUCUAGGCAUGUUCUUGUGGAUGCUUGGAGGCCCUCAAUCAUUUCGCCAAGCUGAAGAUCAGUUUGUUCGGUCAACUGAAACAAUCCAUAGGAAGUUCAAUCAUGUGUUGCACUGUGUAAAUUCUCUAGGAGGAGACAUCAUCAAACCUAGAGAUCCUACAUUCGCAGAUGUGCAUCCAAAAAUUAGGGACAAACGUUUCUGGCCUCACUUCAAAGGUUGUAUUGGUGCAAUUGAUGGAACUCACAUUCCCGUUAUAGUUCCCGCUAAAGAGACCUGCAACUAUAUGGGUCGACAUAGUUACACAAGUAAAAAUGUGUUGGCAGUUUGUGACUUUGACAUGAGAUUUACCUUUGUCGUUGCCGGUUGGGCGGGGUCGGUACAUGACACACGGAUUUUCACCAUAGUAUAUUGAAGUAUGCUAGUACUUAUCCUGCACCUCCUGAAGGUACACAAAUCAAGUGUUCUAAUUUUGUACAGAUUGUUUGUAUUAAUUUGUACAUGUGCUCAAAUUUAUUCUCGAUGGAUGUA